GAAAAAACACACACACACAUUUUUUGGUUCUCCCGUCGUGCACGUUGACAAUGGCUGCAAAGGGUCAAAUGAACGUGGAGCAUCUCGGCGGAGUUGCCAGGCUCCGAGAGGAACACCAGAAGGUGGUGAAAGACUGUGAGAGUCGGAUUCUGCACUGGAAGAAGGUGUCAGGUGACUAUGAGGCCCUGACCGAGCGCCUUCAGACGCUUCCCGAUCAGCUGUCUUAUGACAUCACGGUGCCCUUUGGCCCCUUGGCCUUCAUGCCCGGGAAGCUGGUGCACACAAACGAGGUCACGGCGUUGCUCGGUGACAACUGGUUCGCCAAGUGCUCCACCAAGCAGGCUCAGAAGAUCGUCGACCACAGGAUGAAAUAUGUGAAGAGUGAAAUCAGUGAUCUUUCAAAGACAAUGAAAAACUUUGAAGCCAGGGUUGGACUUGUGAGGGAUCUGGAAAGCAUCUCAUCCAGUAAAGGGGACUACGUGGACAUUAGAGAAGACACCGAGAACACCAGUGACAUUGCUGUCACCAAAGGAAAGCAGAGAAUAGCUCACAAACCAAAUUCUAAGCCCAAAUUGGAUGCUGUCUUGGACCUAAAAGAGGAGGAUGAGGAGAAAGAGGGCAGCAGAAAAUGCACCACGACUGAAGAGGAGUUGUGGGCUAGAUUAGAUGAACUGGAGAAGCUGGAGGAGUUACAAGAUGAUCACGACAGGUUGUCUUAUAAUGCGAACAUGAACGGGGAGGACACGUCGUCCUUAUCCUCGGAAGAGGAGAAGGAGGGAGACGCUGCUCCUGCGGUAAAUGAACUCGCUCACAGCGAAGCGCGAGCGAGUUCAGGCAGGAAAGCUGAAGAAGCAGCAGCAGAAGAAGACGACGACGAGGAAGAGGAAGGCAGCUGUUUGCCAACCAUUUUCUUCUCGCACACCAUCGAACCCAAGAAGGUAAGGAUAAACACAGGAAAAAACACCAUGUUGAAGUUCAGUGAAAGGAAGGAGCAGAAGGAACACUCCAAGAGGAAAAAGAAAAACGGACACAGCAACGGUCACUCCCAUCACGAACUUCACAAGAUCACAACGCCGGUGGACAUUUACAGGUUGUUUGUCGACGUGAAGAACGGGGAACCCGUCCCCAGGAAGUCCAUCCUGAAGUCGCGCAGCCGGGAGAACAGCGUGUGCAGCGACACGAGCGAGAGCAGCGCGGCGGACUUCGAGGAGGGGCGCCGCGCGGUCGGCCGCAGCUUCAGCCACGACGAGACCACGCAGAGCGACACCAGCGACGGCGUCACGGAGGAGGAGAGUCCCACGGCGGCCCUGCUGCACCGCGCCAGCCGCUUCGAGGCCUUUUCAGGCACGGUGGUCGAAAAGGAGCCGAUGCCUUCAGCGGUCCCCUACCUGACCAUCAGUCCACCGGCGCUGCCGACCAUUCUGGAGAGGAAACAGGAGGAGGUGGCGCCCGACGUGGCCCCGCCCCAGCAGGCCCCGAAGAGGCUUUCCAAGUUUAAAGCUGCCAGGUUGCAGCAGAAUUGACUGUGAACAGUAAUUAUCUGUAUUUCACUGUGGGAUUCUUUUUUCGACAACUGAUGAAUCUUCUUUCCUUUUCUUCGCGAUUCUUUCACUUCUGUCCAUACGGGGUUUCAUUAACGUUGUCGACUAUUCGGUAGACGCACGUCGGCCUCGUUGCCCUCGGUGACCUUGUGUCUGACGCUGCUUUUUAACAAGCCCCAACACUUUUAAACGCAGUCUCUUUUGCUCAUCACCCCUGUAGUAUAGAUGGCACUUAACAAUUUACACAUCUUUCUGUGGGGCUUGUUCAUACCUAUUGCUGUCUGUUAUUUGUUUUAUUGUAUCAUCUGCUUUUCUGUUAAUCAAAGCUAUUACCAGUUUAGGUAGGACUGUGCUACUCUUAAGAACAGUUGCUUUGUUUUACUUAUUUUUCCAAGUGUCGAUCCCUUGCCCGCUAGCACUCAUUUUACUUCCUCUAAACCUGCCUAAUGAAUGUAUGUAUUCCUCUGUGACAAGCUUUAUGUAAAGACAAAAGAAUAUUGAUGUAAACUGAAAUGAAAAAUAGACGAUUUUGGCUAUAGGUUCUGUUCCCUCUUAUGAAUUACUGUUUCUUUAUGGGAAUUUCCUGUUGAACUGGAUAUGUGAGGAGCUCCGUGGAGCACCACCCCUAUGCGCCAUAUAGAAGCCAAACUCCGUAAGCGAGCAAUAACAUUUGAUCAAAGCCAUGCAGCAGACUAAAUGCAAAAUGCCUGUUCCUGUUAGCUACAUUCCAGUCAGAGCGCAGCCUUAAUGAAAGAGAGUUGGAAUUUCCAAUCAAGGCAAUCAAACCACAAAUCAAGUUUAGUAUGGGGUCAAAAACAAAAUGUUACUGCUCAUGACCAGAAUAAAGUUUGAUUUAGUGGCAGCAGUUCAUGGAUUUAGUCAUUAAAAUACAGGACGUAGUAAAACUAAUGCAUAAUGAGAAAUAUACGUAUAACGUAUUCAUAUUCCGUACAGUAGUAAUAAAGCACCACUUUUGGGAGGUAGGAGGGGUGUGGUGGGGGGUGUGCAUUUGACCUUUGACCUCAUGCACGCGCAAGGGGGCGUGUACAGGAAGUGGCCGUAACCGCCGCCAUUUUGCGGUCAUGCCCGGAAAUGCGUCAUUUUACGAGUGGAAACGGAAAUACGUCAUUUUGGGGCGGGAUUUGUAGGGGGGCGUGCACUGUUUAAGCAUAAAUACGCCAUUUUGAC